GGUCAGCUCUGGCUGCCCGUUCGGUCCAAAUCUGCCCUCUGAUUCGUUACUUCUGCUGUCACUCACAAGUACUGCAACGUGAUUGGCUAGCGUCUCCGUUCGCUCCCGCCUCUGAGAGUAAGCUCUUGCAGCUGCAGCGCACACAAUUCAGUAAAAAAAAAAAAAAAACACACACACAACCCAGAGAGCAGGAGGAGGUGGUAUCUAUCACGGAGUCGUCUUCAAGAGUGGGAAAAGUUAAUCUAGUGUUUCUCUCGGAGUUUUGUGUUUUCCUAAAGUUGACGAACAAGUUUUUUUUAGGGGGGGAAAUGUAGGCACUUUUUUGGCCGCCGGGGUCGUCGCUUCACGAUGGAGGAACCUGCGACGAGAGAGUUUGAGAUGUCCCUGUCGGACGGAGCCUCGGACGACGAGGAUAUGCCGCUAACGUUGCCCGCAGGCGGCAGCGAAGCUGGAAGCAUCCGAAAGCAGGGCUGUGAUCCUUUCGCCCUGACCCAGCGCAGUAAACUGCAGCAUCGACGAGCUCGCAUCAACCAGCAGAUCAACAAGGAGAUGCGAAUGAGGGCCGGAGCGGAGAACCUGUUCAGAGCUACGACCAACAACAAGGUGAAGGAGACGGUCGCCAUGGAGCUCAGCUUCGUCAACUCCAACCUGCAGCUGCUCAAAGAAGAGCUGGAGGAGCUGAACAGCAACAUGGAGGCCUACCAGACGGACAGUGAGACCGUCAACGUUCCCAUGAUCCCACUCGGCUUAAAAGAAACCAAAGAGGUGGAUUUCACAGUAACUAUCCAGGACUUCAUCUGUGAGCACUACGGCGAGGACAGCGCUCUCUACGAGCAGGAGAUCAAGGAGCUUAUGGAACUCAGACAGGCCAUGCGCACACCCAGUCGUAACCAGGCCGGUCUGGAGCUGCUCAUGGAGUAUUACAACCAGCUCUACUACCUGGACCAGCGCUUCUUCCCUGCUCACAGGAAUCUGGGUGUUCACUUCCACUGGUACGACUCCCUCACAGGCGUCCCGUCAUGUCAGCGUGCGUUAGCCUUCGAGAAGGGAAGCGUGUUGUUCAACAUCGCUGCUCUGUACACGCAGAUCGGAGCGCGACAGGACCGCUCUGCCGCCGCCGGCAUAGACAGAGCGGUAGACGCCUUUCAGAGAGCUGCAGGUGCGUUUAAUUACCUUAAGGAGAACUUCUCCAACGCUCCGAGCCUGGACAUGAGCGGCCCGUCGCUCUGCAUGCUGGUCCGCCUCAUGAUCGCCCAGGUGCAGGAGUGUGUGUUUGAGCGCGUCACGCUCACCACGCAGGACGCCACACACUUCACCUCCCAGCUGCGCCUGGCGCAGGAGGCUGCACGGGUGUCCGAUGUUUAUCUGCUGGUGCAGCAGAGCAUGACGCAGCCUCUGAUGAAGGACUACGUUCCCUUCUCGUGGGCGUCCAUGGUUCAGGUCAAGUCUGAACACUUCCGCGCUCUCUCGCAUUACUACGCUGCUGUUGCACUCUGUGACCACAUGUUGUCUGCUGAGGAGGAGGAGGAGGAGGAGGAGGGGGGUGAUAAUGAAGAGGAAGCAGAGAAAACCUUCCUUCAGUUCUACGUCAACGUCCCUGCAGGGGACGUCCCUCUCAGCCAGGUUCUACAAGAUCCUGAGAAAAGACGGAAGCUGGGUAAAGCUCACCUGCGGCGCGCAGUGAUCAGACAUGAGGAGGCCAUGCGUGUCCACAGUCUGUGUAAGAUCCUGAGGAAGAUGGACAUCCUGCAGGACGUGCUGUCCCUCACACACAAACGCUCCCUGGACAAAUACUCAGAGCUGGACCGAGAGGACGACUUCGAUGAGACGGCAGAAGCUCCAGAGAUACAGUCUCACACCAACCAGAAACCAGACAUCACCCCACCCAACUUCUCCACAGUCCAAGUCACAGACAUCUUCCAAAGACUGGGGCCUCUGUCGGUGUUUUGUGCGAGGGCCCGAUGGGGCCCGGUGCGUGUGAUCUGUCUGCAGAGGCGGGAAGGAGGACUGGGCCUCACCCUCAGAGGAGACUCCCCCGUCCUGGUGGCCGGGGUGGUGCCCGGAGGAUGUGCAGAGGCAGGACUCAGGGAAGGAGACUACAUCGUGGCCGUGGACGGGCAGGACUGUAAGUGGGCCAAACACGGGGAGGUGGUCCACAUGUUGAAGAGCUGCAGCGACCGCGGGGUCGAGAUCAGCGUGGUCACGUUGCACUCGCACGACACUCAGGUGGAGAGGAGGGCCAUCAUGCUGUCCCACGUCGGCGACAAAGAAAACGCUCGGCAGCGCCUGCUGGGCGGGGCUAAGGGCCAGAGCUCCGCCUCCUUGUUGAACUGGAACAGGAAGAAGAAGAGGGAAGGCGGCGGCGGCGUCACAAAGAGACUGGGGAGCACUUUCAGUUUGUCGUUCGGGAGCAUCCGAGACACCGAGGCCAUGUACUGAGACGAGACUGAGGAGGAACCUCUCAGGGAGUCACGGCGGUGGAGCACGAGGUACGACCACGACGUACGACCACGAGCAGCUCUGCUGGAGGUGGGUGAUAACGCAAAGCUGUGACAGAAAACAAGCUAGUGGCUAGUUCCUGCUUUCAUGUGAAAGCACACAUGCAGUGGCAGGUGGAACAACCUCGUUACGUGAUGUUUAUCCUGCUAGAAUGAAGCAGAAGGAGCCGACGGUUGAUGCCAUGACUACACGUAUAGACUGUAAACAAAGAUGGCUGACAUGUUCCCGCUUCCUCUCAUGGUACAAAAGUGAAGCCAAACAUCCACAGGGAAAAAAGUUCAGAAGUCUUGUUACUAGAGUCUGUGCAGUAGUGAGAAGGUGAUGAAGACUUAACGGCAACUUCCUGGUUUGAGCGAUUUUGCUAAAGUGGGACUGCAGUUCCUCAAAAUGUCCACUAGAGGCUCACUCCAAAACUGAGUCGAUCUCCAUUAAUUAAUUAAUGUUAAAAUGUCCAACUUUACAGCAGAUACAAAACCAGUUUGGGGAAAUUUCUCUUUUUUUUUUUUAUAGUCGUGGCUACUUUGGCUUCACUUUUAGGGAAUUUAUCACAACAUCCAUCUUUACCAUGAACUGCAACCAAGUACAAGAAAAUAAAAGCACAAAAAAAUGACAAUAUAACAGACAAACUGAAGCAUGAACUCUGUUAGAAGCUGAGGAGCUGAACACAUCCUAGAUUAUUUGUUAAAUAAUAUCUGCAGUUUCCUUCCUGUCUCUGUGAAAACACCUUAAAGUCUUAAACCGUGACGUCCUGGUUCUUUGGGAGUGAAACACAAAGUCAGCCAUGGUGAAUAUUUAAGAUGACAAGUGGCAAGAAUUCUGACUUCCUGCAACAAGUGACUUCAAAACAAACCAGUGAUUAAUGAAUUAGUUAAACUUGGCGUUAAGGACACAGAUGUGGGGAAAAGCCCCGGAGGCUGCAGCUUUUAACUCUCAAGAGAAUUUAAAUGUGGAAACUUGACAGAAAAAAAAAUAUUUCUGUGCUUUUUAUAAACUGUUUUUUCUUGUUGUGAUAAUUUGAAUUUAGUUAAAUCAAAAACAGGAAUCCACCUUUACUGACAAAGGUUUUCAGACAUUCACCUCCAUCCCAGAACCAUGUGGAACAUCAGCGUGAAGGAUGUUAAAAGCUAUCGUCUCAUUUUAAUCAGCAGUUACACAUUUGUGUUUAGUUUCAUGGAUUAAAAGCACUUGAAGUUAGUUUCGGUUUCUCUAAUGCACUGUGACAAAUCGUCCGUUAGUUUUUGACGUUGCAAUAAUAAUGAACAUGAAACCUUGAGAGCUGGUGUGUGUGUCUGUGUGUGUGUUGGAAUAAUAGAAUAUGAUUAUUCUGUAAUAUCCUCCAGCCUCUGUACUGAACGUCGCCCUCAGCCAAUGUUACAUGUUUCCUUUCCGUUCUUUAUAAUAGGGUUCAAAACUGUGGUUAUUUGAUUCACACUUUUCAGUUUGAAUAAUUUUUUUUUGUAAGAUUUUGAUACGUCUAGAACCGUAGCUUAAAAUGUGUGUUUGUGCCGUACUAAUUCACAAUAAUAAUUUAGUGUCCAGUAUUUAUGAAAAGAUUACAAAAUAAAAGCAUGGAGCCGUGCGUCCUCCUCGACUGAACGUCUCAGUGUGUGAGCCAGUAAAUAUUUGACUGUUUGUAUCCGACCGUCCCUGAUGACUGCAUUUAGGGACCUGCACUGUUUUCCUUCAUGUGUAAAUAAAAUAAAAUGAUGAACUGUCA